CCAUAUAAAAGGUGGAAUAUUUUGAUUUGAGCACCAAUAAUCUGUGUAAACCUGAGAAAAUAUAGUGUAAUUUUGAGUAUAGUUUCCCAUCAACCAUCAACAAUAUGCUACAAAAAACUUUGAUUCUCUUCAGCUUUCUCACCCUGUGCUGUUCCGUACCCAUACAACCUCCACCAAAAUUCACCGAAAAUGACCCAGAUGACGUCAUUUUAAUCCCCUACGAAAUCACGUUUGUUCCUGUUGAGAUUUCUUCAAAAAAUCUUCACGAAAAUCAAGAAAAAUCAAAAGAAAUAUCCCAAGAAGAAGAAAAAACAUUGGAUAGUGACAAGGAAUCCAGUUCCGCCUUGCUAAAAGAUGAAAUUUUAGAAAAUUCUAGCCAAGGAAAGGAAAAUAUACUUAAAUUGGACAGAAAAACUGGUUUGGACUUGAUCAAACAAGCUUCUAAAGUGGACGAUGAUAAAGAAGCAACUUUUGAUCUGUUUAAAGAAGGUAUGUUGGGAAGUUCAGGAAAAGGUGAUGAAGAUUUCGUGCUGGUGCCUAUUUCAUCUUUGAAGAAGCUUCAAAAUGAAGCUGGACAUUUAAGGGAACACCCGGUAUCUAAAAGACAAGCUCCAGUUUUUGGUAGAAGCUCCAUAAGAAGAAAUGAACUAUUCAGAGAUAGAAGAAGAAAUGCUUUAGUAGGUUAUUUGAAUAAUUAUGACGAUUUUCCAACUUUAGUUUAAUUUUUUUCUUGUUUUAUUUAUAUUAAGUAAUUUAUUUUAAAUAUUAAUGUGUAGUAUACUUGUUUGAAAAUAUAAUUCUUUGAUUAUUUUAACUAUUUUGAUCUCAAUAAAUGUCUGCAUUUAUU